UGUUCCCUUGGGACCUAUGGACAAAACUGCAGCAAGCAAUGUACUCAGAGGAAUUGUGCAGGAAACUCGUCAUGUGAUCACGUUACAGGAACAUGUGUUGCCGGAUGUAAAGCAGGUUGGAUGGGCAAAGACUGUGUGGAGGAAUGUUCCCUUGUGACCUAUGGACAAAACUGCAGCAAGCAAUGUACUCAGAGGAACUGUGCAGGAAACUCGUCAUGUGAUCACGUUACAGGAACAUGUGUUGCCGGAUGUAAACCAGGCUGGAGGGGCAAAGACUGUGUGGAGGAAUGUUCCCUUGGGACCUAUGGACAAAACUGCAGCAAGCAAUGUACUCAGAGGAACUGUGCAGGAAACUCGUCAUGUGAUCACGUUACAGGAACAUGUGUUGCCGGAUGUAAAGCAGGUUGGAUGGGCGAAGACUGUGUAGACGAAUGUUCCCUUGUGACCUAUGGACAAAACUGCAGCAAGCAAUGUACUCAGAGGAACUGUGCAGGAAACUCGUCAUGUGAUCACGUUACAGGAACAUGUGUUGCGGGAUGUAAAGCAGGCUGGAUGGGCAAAGACUGUGUAGAUGAAUGUUCCCCUGGGACCUAUGGACAAAACUGCAGCAAACAAUGUACUGACAGGAACUGUGCAGGAAACUCGUCAUGUGAUCAUGUUACAGGAACAUGUGUUUCCGGAUGUAAAGCAGGCUGGAUGGGCAAAGACUGUGUGGAGGCUUGCAAAGCCCAUCGCUAUGGUCGAAACUGUGUUAGGACUUGCGCCACCAGACAUUGUGCUGGGAACUCAUCUUGUAACUCCACAGGGAACUGUGACAGCGGGUGUGAGACAGGGUGGACACUGGACGAUUGUACAGCUUGCAACAGUCAACAUUAUGGAGCAAAGUGCACCAAGCUCUGUGUCUCGAGAUACUGUGUGGGGAAUUCAUCCUGUAACUCUACAGGGCACUGUGACAGUGGGUGUGAGAGAGGGUGGACACAGUCAGACUGUACAGUCUUUCAAGAGGCCGUGAAAUCAGAUCCUGAUGACUCUGUACUAACAUAUGUUGGGGCUGCGGUGGGUGUUUUCCUGUUUGUCCUUGUGCUGGUUCUCAUCCUUUCCCUCAUCAGACGAAGGAGAAUCUCGGAAAGAAAGCAUUGUGAUGUUGGACUGGUCUCGAAGACUCGAGAGAACUCUCAAGAUGAAGGUAGAGCAGAUGAUAAUAAGUAUUAUUAUGUUUUUGGCCGUUCACUGUUUGAAAUAAAACAAUCCUUUUUAGCAUGAUCAUUCAAUAAAAAGAAAAACAGGUUUAAAUGAAGCUCCCAAGUUCUAUGUCUGUAAAACACAGGAUGUAUAUAUUAAAAACAUAUUUUUA